AAGGAACGAUCGCACGUACGUCUGUGAUUAACGGCAGGCUCGAUCGGUGCGCAGUUGCUAAGAAACCUAGAGCUGGUAGUAGUUUAGUUCGAAGCGGACACCUGCUAAAAUCUAGAGGAUUUUUGUCGAAUUUUGUGGCCCAUUGCGUGAAAAUUGAUCUAGUGACGGUUAAUUGGCGCGUACAUUCCCCCGGGCGGACGAGCGUACAGUGCAACGGAAUCUGGUCCGACCGUUUUUUCACGAACCGCGGUCACUUCCGGAAGGUUGGUUGGCGACGAUUUGCGCGUGUGGGAUUCGAGAGUGCGACGUCGUUGUUGUCGGGAGUGCGUUGAACACUCGCAGGGAUCGCUGUCGGGUCCUCGGUGCUGAUUGAGCGGCAACGGCGGGCAUUCGCUAGUUCUUGUGCUGUGUGUUUUGUGUUUUCAAAGCAGCGGGCAGCAGAAGUGUGUGAGAAAGAGAAAGAGCUUGUCCUCUUUGGAGUUUGAACCGACGAAGCGCACGCUUGGACACAAAGAGUUCGCGAGGCAGCAGGCGUCCUCCACCCAUCAUCCCAGCUUCGCCUAAGCUGAAUAAUAAAAGCCAUCAGUCGAAAAUAAAACAUUCAAUAAAAUAAACUACACAUGCACAUGGGAAUUAAAUAAUUGCGAAAACGCUUCGGUCUUUAGCAGCAUCACCGGUAGGCAAUAGCCACACGCGAAUUUUGCUGCCGCCGCCGAACGAUGAAUGAAUGAUUGCGAAACCAAUUGCAAAUAAUCGCCGCUGAAAGAAAAAUCCCCGAUAAGUAUCGAUCCGUCACAAGAACAUAGGGCAAACCCGCGUUCUUCGGGAGGUUUUAGUGUUAGUGAACAGUAAAUGUGUUUAGUUUAGCUUUUCUUUAAUCGCUGAAUGUCUUAUAACUUAACUAUAUUUGAGAUUUUGGUGAUAUUAUUAGCAUAAAUCUUCGAUUUUAUUUUACGUCAAAACUUCAGUUUAAGUGCCAUAUAGCAGUGUUGAGUGAAUUCGCCAUAGAACAUAGAAGAAUAUAAUUUUUCUUGCCUCCCAUCAUCAGUGUCUUCGUACUGGCUGCUAAUGAAAGCCUCGUGAAAGCUAUUGAAAAACGAAACAAAGAGUUAAAAGAGGGAAGCCACAAAAGAAACGUUAUGUGCAAAAGCAAACGAUGAAAGAAAAAUGAUAACCAAUUUUAGAAACCAUGUGAAUGUCCGUUCGGACUGAUGACAGUUUUAUAAACGUCGACAGGAGGCAGUCGACAGUUCUAUAUAUACAACUAAUUAAUUGGCAGCCGAAAGGAGCGGCUUUGGAAACUGCAAAAAAAACUUUGAAGAUCGAGUUAUGUAAACAUACAAUGUGCAAUUAGUUUAGAACAGAAAUCCGCCCAGAAAUUAAAGAAUGUGAUAUCAGCCGUCUACAGUAAAACGAAAUAAAUACUCAACAGCGCUUCCAGCAAUCAGUAUUAACCUACUUUAAAAUAAUCUAAAGUGCAAUUGCUCAUAGAGACCAGCUCGAAUCUCGUAGAGAAAGUUCGAUUGCAGAGAUGUCUUCCUCACCUGAAAUGCAACAGCAGCAGCAGCAGCAGCAACAACAACAACAACAACAGCAACAAGCACAAAACGAGAUUCGAUCGAAUCCACCGACGCCCCCGCCGGAGCUGGCGACAAUGACUAAUGUAAGCGUACUGGACUUGCACAAAGACUAUGCGGGGGACGUAGGUCACACGAAGGUCUACGACAAAGAAACCAACACGGUAUAUGUGUAUGCCAAUCCGGGUCAUAAGAUCAACAACUCGGUAGCGGCCAUUCAAUCGCCCCAACAUAUGACUACAAUCGUUCAGGCAGGACAUCAGCAUCAGAUGGCCUCUCCCGACCAUGAGGUAGAACAAAACUUGCUUCAUUCACGUUUGAUUCAGGAGCAUCACCAGCAGCAGCAGCAGCAGCAACAACAACAACAACAUCACCAUCACCAUCAUCAUCAUCAGGCUCACGAUGAGGAACAGCAUGUCCAACGGCUCUCACCUGGAGACCAAGUAAUUGACGGAAGAUUGAUACCAUCCGGCUUGAACGGCGAUGUCCAGCAACAACAACAACAGCAGCAACACCAACAACAACAACAACAACAUCAGUCAUUGGCCCGUCUCUCGCCUGACGAUCAAUCAGUGCGUAUACUGGACAACGCACACAUUAAGCAUUUGCUCGAUAACCAGGAGAUCAUUAGUCGCGAGAUCAUCAACGGUGAGCAUCACAUCAUCACGCGUAACGCGAAUGGCGAAACGAUUCUGACCCGCAUCGUGAAUGCCCCGGCCACCGCACCGGCAACGGUCAACGAUCAAUUAAUCAACAAACUCUCAACCGAUCCGAACGGCAUCUACAGUGGCCACCAUCACCACCACGCCACAGCCGGAGGCCCAUCGAACGCAUCGGCCGACCAGCUGCCGACGACUGUUCUCCAGUUCGAGAAGGAGGCCGAGGACAAACAGCAGCCGAUCUAUGGCAACUCAGCGAACGACUCCUCCCCGGAUCAAGCGGUGGUCAUCAAUCAGCAGCAGCAGCCUAAACAGAUCGUGUACACCGUUGGUGGCGAGCCGAAAAAUGUCAUUUACGGGGAUCCGAAAGCUGCCAUUCCCCACUUCGAGCCGAUGAGCCAGGAUCCGAACGGGCAGCAGGACCCAAAGGCCCAGAUCGAUUAUGUGUACAACGACGGAAACGGAAAGACUGUUAUCUAUACAGACCAGAAGGGGCUGGAGAGUCUGUACGCUAACAACGAGCUGGGUCUGAUGGACGGCACGCAGAUUGUGGUGCAGGGUAAUUUGCAAUACACCCACCAGCAGGGACCGGACGGGACGACGGUGUACGUGGUCGCCCCCGAUAUGAAUCCGGACGAUAUCAGUGCGCAGAUUCAGCAAAGCAACCCCACCGCGAAAAUUAACGGCCAAACCACGCCUCUGGAUGUUUCAGGCCUAUCGCAAAAUGAUAUACAAGGCAUACUGCUUGGUUCACACCCAUCAUCGCAGACGAUAAAUGUCAAACGUGAGCCCGAAGAUCUACGUAAAGAGCCGAAAAAUUCACGAAGUCAAAAGGUGUUGGUUGUUCAGCCCACGUCACCAUCGAUACAGAUUAAAGAACCUCCACCCAGCCCUGGAAGUCCUUCGGCCGAAACCAUGUAUGCUGCCCCCGGCAGCACGCAGAUCUAUCUACAGGGUCCAUCGCACCAGACCAGUUCGGCCGCAACAGCCGGUUCCAAUGUAAACACUAACUCGCCCAGUCCCAGCUCCUAUGAUCAGUACGGCAUGUACCAACAAAGGCUAGGACCUGGUGGCGCAGCAUUUAUCGCCGAGCAGUACCCAUAUCGCGAGUACUUUGAACCGCCGGGCUAUGCCCCGGCUCGUAACAUUUACGGUGGGCCAGAUUCGGACGGACCCCAGCAAGCUACCACGUACGAGGGUCGCUACCCGUCCAAGACCGGUUCAAUCUACACUAAAUCGAUCCCCACCGUCGGACUGACCGUGGAUCUUCCCAGUCCUGAUUCGGGUAUUGGUGCUGAUGCUAUUACUCCCAGAGAUCAGAAUAAUGUUCAACCGUCCUUCGAUUAUACAGAACUGUGCCAGGCACCGGCCGGUUUAUUGGAUCCGAACUCCAGCGCUAUACCGGCAUCGGUCGCAAGUCUGCAGCGAAACCUGACGGUUAACGGUGGCCAGAAUAGUCCUACGACCUCGAUUGGCAGUGCGACGGCCCCGCCCAGGUCCCGACCGUGGCACGAUUUUGGACGGCAAAAUGAUGCCGAUAAAGUGCAAAUACCAAAAAUAUUCUCUAAUGUCGGCUUCAAGUACUAUCUGGAAAGUCCGAUAAGCUCGUCUCAGCGGCGAGAAGACGAUCGAAUAACCUACAUCAACAAGGGACAAUUCUACGGCAUUACACUGGAAUACAUCCACGAUCCGGAUAAGCCGCUCAAGAGUCAGACUGUGAAGAGUGUUAUCAUGCUAAUGUUCCGCGAGGAAAAGAGCCCCGAGGACGAAAUCAAGGCUUGGCAAUUCUGGCACAGUAGGCAGCACUCGGUCAAGCAGCGGAUAUUGGAUGCAGAUACGAAAAACUCCGUCGGUCUAGUCGGUUGUAUUGAGGAAGUGUCACACAAUGCCAUCGCUGUCUACUGGAAUCCACUGGAAAGCUCCGCCAAGAUUAACGUCGCAGUUCAAUGUUUGAGCACAGAUUUUAGCAGUCAAAAAGGUGUUAAGGGUCUGCCGCUGCAUCUGCAGAUCGACACGUUCGAGGAUCCGCGGGAUACCAGCGUGUGCCAUAGGGGUUACUGUCAAAUCAAAGUUUUUUGUGAUAAGGGUGCUGAACGUAAAACACGCGACGAAGAGCGGAGAGCAGCGAAGCGUAAGAUGACGGCCACUGGCCGGAAAAAGCUAGAUGAACUAUACCAUCCCGUAGUGGAUCGGUCGGAGUUCUAUCAAAUGAGCGAUCUGAUGAAACCACCGGUGCUGUUUACUCCUUCGGAAGACAUCGAUAAGCUUACUUCGAUGGAUUUGCCGUUCUACGGGCAUGAUGGGGACUCCCUGUCCGGAGCAUCCGAUAAUGUCAAAUCACCGUUUUUACUGCAUGCUAACAAACCCGCUACACCUACGCUCAAAUUCCACAACCAUUUCCCACCAGAUGUCAAUACGGACAAAAAGGACCCAAGCAUCAUUAUGGACGGGUCGCUAGUGGGCAAUAUGUCCGAAUUCGGGUCGCAGAUCAAGCGACAACGGAUGACCCCGCCACUCAGUGAACGGGUAAUGCUCUACGUCCGCCAGGACAACGAAGAUGUCUACACACCCCUGCACGUAGUUCCGCCGUCAACAGUCGGACUUUUGAACGCUAUUGAAAAUAAAUUCAAAAUUUCGACGUCCAGAAUUAAUAACAUUUAUCGCAAAAAUAAGAAAGGGAUUACGGCGCGAAUUGACGACGACAUGAUCAGACACUACUGCAACGAGGACAUCUUCAUUCUGGAGGUGCGACAGUACGAGGAGGACCUCUACGAUAUCACGCUGACGGAGCUGCCGACGCACUGAUUGUUAGGCACCUUCUUUGAUUGUUCUUUCGAAUUCUCGUUGCGUACUAGCGUAUAGCCUUGACAGGGUUUCAGGAGCAGCGUUCCCCCGCAUCACUAGAGACAGUGCCUUACAAGAGACAAUCUAACGUUUAGAGAAAGGAUGUGUAAAAAAAACCCUGCGACAAUUGUUGAUAUAGCAAGUACUUAACUACUCACAAGCGAGUAGAACAGAUGAAUAGCAUAAAGAGUUAAGAUAUUACAAGUUUUUAGUGCAUACACAUUUUAAUUGUUUAGAUUUAUUUAUUUAUUUUUAGCAGAACAGAAAAAAUAUAAGAGAAGAAAUGAUACAAGAAUUUAACUUGCUCCUCUUGGCAUGAGAUUCUGGUGGGUGAGAGAACAAUUCUAUAGAAGGAGCAGCCUUCUGUUUCGCAUCCAUCGAACGCAUUUACACUGAACCCUAGAUUAAUUGCCACAAUGAACAAAACAAGCUGAACAUCCACUUCAAGAUCUCAGAGUAUUCGUACUUGAAUGUUUUGGGCAAUUGCAUGUGCAUUCGAGAACACGUUCUCUGCUUCAAGACGUGUGUAAGUAGCCCGUAAAUAAUUCGUUUUGCUCAAUUCUGUUGCAGGAAGCGACUGUCAACAAGCGAGAUCGCAGAUCGUUUCUACUGCAGAAUAGAUUUCAAGCCAUAAAUACGUUUAAAGCAAAUAGAAAGUAGCAAAUUUAUCUUGCUUUUCUUCUUAACGUGUGUACUUAUCUUUUCGUUUGAUUCUAAAUCACCUCUUGGAGCGAAUGAACGUACUUUACAAGACAAACAAGCGCAACAAAAUGAAACUUUUUGUACAACAAAAUAGUUUUCCUUGAUAGCUCUUAGCGAUCAUCCAUCGGUUGCAAUAUUAACAGUAACUUUGAAGCGUAACACUAGCGUUAGAAAAACUUUAUGGUAUACUGCUAAAACUGUAAGUCGAACCCACAUUUUAAAUUCCAUGACAGUAACCACAUUCAUUCACACAUUCCAAGCCCACAUUCCAACGAUAGAACGUACUUUUAUUCUACAAGUAUUCUAAGAAAAUAUUUCCCCUUAGUGCAUAGAUGAGCUAUAUUAUUAAGUGAAUCCCCUUUGAUAAAACUGCCAUACUUGAGAAUACAAAUAGUGUAUAAGAACAAGUUUAUUGAUAGAAAAGAAGUGAAAAAAAAGACAUUUAGCAAAAGCAUGCAUCACUAAUUGUUAAGUACCUGAGAGAUUUAAAGUGAAACGCAGCAAGAAAGCGAAAUAAAAAAAAAAGUAUUUUUGAUACUAAUCUACAUAUGCACACAGACCCGCGAUACAGCUAGCUGAGCAGUACAACAGCAGCGCACAACAGGGGAAGAAUGUUAAUGUGAUACAGUAAUGUGCGAGAGGAAGAGAAAAAGAGAGUGAAUGAGGAGCAGCAUACGAAUGCUACACAAUUGUUUUUGUUAGAAUAGAUAGAAACAUCGGCCACCAGCGGAUACCUCAGUGUGUGCAUGCAUUAACUCUUGCCACGGACACCAGAACCUCCUCAAAGUAAAGCCUGAUUGAGAACUUCUCAGCCCCGAUUGCCAUAAUUUUUUAAAUUCCGCCCCUUUUCCAUCCUCGGUGGCCUGCACUCUAUAAGUUCACUCAUCGGAAAUUUGCAUGAGUAAUUUACAACACAAUACAACGUGACAGAUAAAUCACGAACUGCUCUACUUUCGAGUAGCAUUAAGAACUUUAAGUAAGUUACAAGCGUGAAUUCAACUUUAUCGCGCUAUGAAAAUAAUUGCAAUAUUAAUUUUACUAAUCACAUUUGUUAUUAGAAAGAAAGCUCUUCCGAUGCACAUUUCUUCGCUAAUAGAAUAAAAGCAGAGAUAAGGUAUCUUACACAAUAGAAGAGACGAAUUAGUUAACAUACAGAAAACAACAAUCAAGCAUUUCUGUCAUGUAAAUUUUCUCCAAGUAGCAGACUUUAAUGAUUUCUUUUGGUGGUGGAUGACGAUCAGCUUUUUAGUACAUUCUUCAGUAUCGUUUCAUUUUUUUUAUUUCGCGUUUCAUUUAAUUUUAAUGCUAUUCUCAGCCGUAGAACCCAAGUAGUAUCGCAAGUGCAUUCCGAUAACAGUAAAUGGAGUAUUUUUUAUGAAUAUUUUAUCUAGUAGAAGAAAAAAGAUUUGCCAUUAUUUCGAGAAUCGUUGAAAAGGAAGUAAGCAUAAAAUCUGUUUGGCCUAGAGCAACGAUGCAAGAAGAUGUGACUAAUAAUAUUUAGGUUAAGCAGAAACAGCAGACAAACAAGUUAUGUAAGAGAUUUUCAACAUAGUAAAAAAGCGUUUCUUAUUAUGAAAAUGAAUUUCGGA